AAUUGCCCAUUAUACUGAUGCUUUAUGUGAGUCCUCCUGUCCUGAACACGGAACAGGCCUACAUAUUCUACCUGGUGAGUCCCGUGGCCUCCCGGCUGGUGAGUGCUAAUGUAACACUCCUCGACGGUUCCCACGCCCACGAGAAGCACGGAUUGCGUUGCCUCCGCAAUUCCCUGGACAGUCCAUUGAAGGACAGCGAGGAUCGGCUGUAUUGCAACACGGACUACCUCCUCUACACGGCCACGGACAUCCGGGAGCUGUGCCUCUCCGGAAAGCAGCGGAGGAUCUUCGUCAAGAUCGUGCUACACGGUGAACCCGACCUCUUCGAAGUGGACGCCUAGCAAAAGGUGUCCGAAUGAGUGACUCAUUUGGUUCAAUAAACACUUAAGUGCUGCGCCGCCAAUUGACGCACACUUGAAAUUCGAGUG